AUGCAGAAGAAUGGCGAAAAUAGGUCACAUAUCUCUUCUAGUACUACUUCUAAAGAGAACAGAAACAACAAGAAUAAUGAUAAUAAUAGUGAACCUGACGCUACGAGUGAACGCGUACAGUUAGCUUUCGAUGUACCAUCAGGUUACUGGGAACUAUUAAGUGAUGAUGAAGGCAGUCAGUUCAGUGCACCUGAAACCUCUUAA